GACGUCGUACUGUAUGGUUCAUUUUGUUUUGGUUCGUGUUGCAUCUGGAUGGACGGAGUGUUUGCUGUUGAAAGGGAAGGGCUCGCGGUCAUAAUUAAUCUAUUCUGCUAGCUUACUGUCACGUUGCCAGAGGCUCUCAAAACUCCGCCUCUAAACUAGUGAUCACCUCCCCUGGUUGAGGAGCGCCUGCCCCUCUACUAUACGCUCCUCCUGUAUCCUGUGGCUAACGAUAUCGUUAGCAGCGAUCUAAAUUCAUCCAUGUCCGCCGAAGAAGGCUUGAGUUCAGCGAUCUCGGACUGGCUCAUCUUCAAUUCCUGGUGGCUGCUUCUGCCAUUCGUCAUGUUAUUGGUCGUCGCCGCAUUCAUCGUCGCCUUCGUACUAUUGCUGUACAUGAUAUCCCCGCUCAUUAGUCCUAAACCUCUCAAAUUAAACGGGGCCCACGUCGUGGUGACUGGCGGCUCCAGCGGAAUCGGAAAGUCCAUCGCGAUGGAGUGCUACCGGCAGGGCGCCUUCAUCACGCUGGUGGCGCGCGAUGAGAGUAAACUGGUUCAAGCCAAGAAAGAGGUUGAAAAGUGUGCUAUAAAUGACAAGCAGGUGGUGCUCUGCAUUUCUGUGGACGUGUCCAAGGACUACAGCCAAGUGGAGAGCGUCAUCAAGCAAGCCCAGGAGAAGCUGGGGCCCGUGGACAUGCUGGUGAACUGUGCCGGGACAUCCGUUUCUGCUAAGUUUGAGGAGGUGGAAGUGGACCGCUUCAGGAGAAUGAUGGAGGUGAACUACCUGGGCAGCGUGUACCCCACCCGCGCCGUCAUCACCACCAUGAAGGAGCGCAGGAUGGGCCGCAUCAUGUUCGUGUCCUCGCAGGCCGGCCAGAUCGGCCUGUUCGGCUACACCGCCUACUCCCCGUCCAAGUUCGCCCUGCGAGGCCUGGCCGAGUCCCUGCAGAUGGAGAUGAAGCCGUAUAACAUUUACGUGACCGUAGCCUAUCCACCAGACACAGACACUCCUGGCUUCGCGGAGGAGAACAAAUCAAAGCCCUUAGAGACGAAGAUGAUCUCGGAGACGUCAGGGAUCUGCCAGCCUGAGCAAGUGGCUAAAAUUGUGGUCAAGGAUGCAGUGCAAGGGAACUUCACCAGUUCUGUGGGGCCCGAUGGCUACAUGCUCUCUGCUCUCACCUGUGGAAUGUCACCUGUCACCUCUAUCACAGAGGGCCUUCAGCAGAUCGUGACGAUGGGUCUCUUCCGCACGAUCGCUCUCUUCUACCUGGGGAGCUUCGACAGCAUCGUGCGCCGCUGCAUGAUCCAGAGGGAGCAGUCCAAGGCUGUGGACAAGAGCGAGUAACCCCCCCCCCCCUUUCUCCCGGCUCGCCCUGUCCCCCACCCCCACCGCCCAAAAUCCCCACCCCACGACCAACACCUCCAUACGAGAGGAGAAUCUAACCCAGCCUCAUCACCCACCCCCCUCCCCCUCCCAGCAAAUCCACACCCCACAGAAAUGAUGUCAGAGAGGGGCAGCAGGUUGAGACAGCAGGGAGGACAUGGUGGUGAUGAUGUCAUCGCAGGGCCACCUGCAUUCCACCUGACGUAGUCCAUCUUUAUCCGUGUUUUAGUUUCUGCCUUCCUCCUACAGGUGUCGAGCCUUCCACAGUCAGGAUUCGCCAUCCCAGAAAACUUCGGUGUUCCUUCACCACUAAAAAAGCCAUGUCUUUAAAAGCCCACUGUUUUGCUCUGGUAUAAGCCUAUAGUGUGUCUGCCUUUUUCGCAUUCCCUGUGUACAGAAACGAGAAGGAUUUCUGCACGCAGAUCAGCGGCAGGCUGAGCUGUGCCGCGCGCGCGUCCCGCUUGCGCUUCUGUGUGUGUUGAGGGCCAGUGCGGUGACGUCCGGUGCGCUAACGUAACUGCUGUGCUGCUGUGCGUUUCGGUUUGGAUGUGUGCGUGUGCUUCAUAGGCGUAACCGGUUCCCCGCUCUGAAAGUAGGGGAGUGUAGAAGCGCGUGUGCGUGUGCCUCUUUCAUCACCAAUUUCACAGGCGUUCAACUUCGAGAAUCCGAAAAUACUGCUUGAUGUCGCUUGCGUAUACAACGUUGACUCUCUCCGCUCCCACGAAAUUCGCCCAAAAAAGCAGGUGCGAGAACGAAUCGACGGUUUGUGGUGGCUGAUUUAAAGAUAAAACGCAGAAGCGGAACUCGAGUUAACGGUAGGACAAAGCAGAAUUUCGCAAAGUGAUUAUUUUGCUU